UUUUGAAACCUCCCCCUUUUCUUUUUUGCGUCUUCCAAUUCCUCCUAGGGUUUCGCCAAUUCUUAUUCAUACUCCAUUUUUGCGUUUCUCCAUAGCGCAGUAGCCAAACAUUUCCACAUUCUCACGACAAAAUGAGUGCUCCAAUGGAAGUCUCCAUGGUCAACGCUCCUGAAGUCAACACCAGUGAGCAAAACGGCAUCGUUCCGGACCCUCCUCCACCUCCGUCACUCACAUUGCCUGAAGAAAAAGUUCUUGUUUCAGUUGAAGUUUGUUUGAAGCCUUCAAGUGCAGCUCGCAUUGAUGAUGUUACAUUAGCUGUUGAGAGAAUGCUGGAAAAGAGGAGCAUGAGCUACGAGGAUGGUCCAAUUCCAAUUCCAAUUGAUGAUCUCUUUCUUGCUGAAAAUGUUCAGCACAUAUGUGUUUGUGACACAGAUGUCUGGGUGGAGAACCGAGAUAUUCUUCUGUUCUGGCAAGUAAAACCAGUUGUUCAUGUAUUCCAGCUUAGUGAGGAAGGACCAUGUGAAGAGUUGAGUGGGGAUGGCCAGCUUUCUACAUUUAAUGAAUGGAUUCUUCCGGCAAAGGAAUUUAGUGGAAUGUGGGAAAGCUUAAUAUACGAAUCUGGUCUCAAGCAGAGAUUGUUGCGUUAUGCAGCAAGUGCUUUGCUGUUUACCGAAAAGGGAGUUAAUCCAUUCCUAGUAUCCUGGAAUCGUAUUAUUCUUCUGCAUGGACCUCCAGGAACUGGAAAGACAUCUUUAUGCAAAGCUUUGGCGCAGAAGCUUUCCAUACGCUUUAGCUCUAGAUACCCACAGAGCCAAUUGGUGGAAGUCAAUGCACAUUCAUUGUUCAGUAAAUGGUUUUCUGAAAGUGGCAAGCUGGUUGCAAAGCUGUUCUCGAAAAUCCAAGAAAUGGUAGAGGAAGAAAACAAUCUGGUAUUUGUCCUGAUUGAUGAAGUUGAAAGCCUUGCUGCUGCUAGAAAAGCUGCUUUGUCUGGAUCUGAACCUUCAGAUUCUAUCCGGGUAGUGAAUGCUCUGUUGACCCAACUUGACAAGUUGAAGUCUGCACCAAAUGUCAUAAUUCUCACUACAUCCAACAUCACUGCUGCUAUUGAUAUAGCUUUUGUGGAUCGUGCUGACAUUAAGGCAUAUGUGGGACCACCAACUCUUCAAGCACGUUAUGAGAUACUGAGAUCAUGCUUGCAAGAGCUAUUGCGCACUGGCGUCUUGUCAAAUUCCCAGGACGCUUACCAUCUUCUUCCAAGUUUUGCGGGUUUGAGGGAGAACCUGAGCAUAGUUACAACCGAGUCUCAGAUGUCAAUACACCUUGGUAAACAACUACUUGAAGCUGCAGAGGCAUGUGAGGGAAUGAGUGGAAGAUCACUUAGAAAGCUACCAUUCUUGGCGCACGCAGCACUUGCUAGUCCUUACAAUUGUGAGCCUGGCAAAUUUUUGCAUGUAAUGAUGGAAACAGCUAAAAGAGAACGGUCAGAGCUGUCCGAGUGAGUUUUUUUCCCAUUCAAAGUCAAUCCUGCUUCUGUUACUAACCCUGUCACCAAGCUCAACUAUAGAGUAAAUCGAUGACUAGCACUGUUAAAUGCCGGGAGAAAUUAUCAUAUGGUUACCCCGAGACCGACAGAAGCAAGCUCUUUAUUAUCUCUUUGGGAGAGAAAGGAUUUCUGGGCAAUGUGAAUUAUGUAACAACGAUGUAUUUGAAGGCCAUUACAUGAAUAAUAGGUAUUCUUGUAUGUUCUAACAUCGAUUGCGCUAUAGAUGCAUAUAUUAAAGUUAAGAUGAAAUAUGUAUAUCACAUCUUGGGCCGAUUAGCUUUCAUUCAUCAAGCACGGUUAAGAAGUUUUUA